UAUGUUUUGUGCGCGCAUCGAUAGUGUUUGUUGUUCGUUUGAAAGUUUCGGCACGGAAAACGUAUGAAAAUGGGAAAAGCGUCAACAUCCAAGGAGUACACCGAAUUGGACAUUACCCAGUGCCUCCAAGCGAUUCAAAACCGUGUUCCAAUUAAGACGGCAUGUAAAAGGUUCAACAUUCCUCGCUCUACAAUCAAGUUCCGGCAGAGUGUCAGAUGGUCCGGGAAAGCACGAAAAGGACCACCAACAGCACUAACGGCUCAAGAAGAAUCGACACUAGUUCAGUGGAUUCUGCAUAUGGCACGAAAGGGCUUCCCCAUCACCAAAGAGCGCUUAGUUUUGACAGUUCGGAAAUUCUUAGCAGAAAAUCCUCGUAACGGAAACAUCCAAAUGAAUGCCGAUAAGAAAGAUGGUUUUAUUUGUUUAAUACUAUCAAUACUUUAAUUACUCAAAUGUUUCAGGAUACAAAUGGUGCGUUGGAUUUAUGAAACGUCAUCCGGAAAUUUCGGUGCGAAAGCCUGAAAAGGUAACAAAAGCUGCUGCCACUGUAACUGAAUCAAAUAUAAGAAAAUGGUUCCAGUCAGUUCGUGAAUUGCUGAUAGAAGAUGGGUACUGUGGAAUUCUGGAAGAUGCACGGCGUGUUUUUAACGGUGAUGAGAUCGGGUUUUGCCUUGAUCCAGAGACUAAGGCUGUUCUUAUAGCGAAAAAGGAAAAAAAUGCUUAUCUUAUCGAUACCGGAUCAAAGAAGAACAUAACUGUUUUGAACUCGUGUGGCGCCGCAGGAAUAGCUGUUCCUCCUUGCGUUAUCCUACCAUAUCAGCGAAUUCCGAUGAACAUCACGCGUAGUUUUCCCGCUGACUGGGGAGUCGGAAAAUCAGAAAGUGGAUGGAUCCUUGGACUUUUAUGGCCUACAUAAGUAGUGUAUUUCACCCUUUUUUGGUGAGAAAAAAAAUACAACUCCCUGUUAUCUAUUUUAUUGACGGGCAUAAGAGCCAUACCGCAUAUGAAACAGCUGAAAAGUGUAUUCAACUUGGAAUCAUACUCGUAUGCCUUUACGCGAAUAGCACUCAUAUUAUUCAACCGGCUGACGUUGCUAUUUUUCGUUCCUUAAAGGCUGCAUGGACCAAGCAAGUACGGAUUUGGCAGGCUGUGAACCCGGCAGGGUUAUACGAUUGGACGAAUUUGGGGGAAUUUUGCAACGAACAAUCGAUGUUUCUUUCAAUUCAGAAACUGUCAGGAAUGGAUUCAGAGUAUGUGGGCUAUUUCCGUUUGACGAAAACGCUGUCGACUACUCAAAAUGUAUAGCAGGCAAAGCAAAUCCAGAACCGACAGGUCCUCGUGAGUCUGAGGCAACUAUUGCUGUUUCCCAAAAUUUUCUCGAAGGAAUCAUUCAGCAGAUUAGUUCAGCGCAAGCUGCUCUAUACCGUGAGCUUGAUUUGGAUUUUUUCACUGGAGAAUCAGAGAUAAUAGUGUGUCAACUGUAUAAAGCAGUCCUUCAACCCCUCGAUCAACGAGUGCUUCACGACAAAUCCAGCAAACGUGGUCAGAGUCAUGAUGAAGAAGAUCUCCGCUGUGAACAGCUGUAUGACGAUUCACUUUCAAACAAUGCGAUCCAAGAUUUUUCUGAACAUAUUGAGUGCUACUCAAUUGAACUUAAUGAGAAACGUGAAAACCUUGGACAGAUUAACGAAAAAGCUAACGGCGACUGUGAUCAGAUUCUUUCUAAUGAUUCAUUCUCUGAAGAAGACAUCUUGAUUGGACAUUGCGAAGAUGCAAUCGAGCAUUCUUCUCCCGAUGUAGAAAGCCACACUUCGCAAGAUGUCAACCUAAACGAUUCGAAAGAAUCACGAAGUCAUGUAUCUGUUGAUUUGGGAAAUUUUACAUCGCUUGAUGAUAUGUUGGAGGUUGUUUCUUGUGAUGAUCCGGAAACCUCUCGAAAGGAAAUAGAUACCCUAGAGAACGACCCAUUGUCGAUAUCCAACUGCAGUGACCCUGAAACGACCAUUAAAAGCUACUUGAAUGAACCCGAUACGCCUAAGAAGAAGAACAAGAAGUUUAACAAAGCAAAAAGCCCACCAGUUCUGACUUCACGAAAGCUCCUAGAGCUUCAUCGGAAGAAAGAAGAGGACAAGGAAAAUUCAAAGAGAGAGAAAAUUCGUAAGUCUGAGAAAAAACAUGAACAACGAACAAAACGAGCAAGAGAGAAAAAAAUUGAAAUGAUCAGGAAGACUACUGAGCGGCUGGAACGCUUAAAGCAUGGAUUACAGAAAAUUGAUACUAAUAAGAAUCAAGCUACAUGUACUGCAGGCACUGCUUAAAUACUCCGUGACAUACAAUGAUAAAAAUGAUAAAAAUAAAUAUCCCAAUGUUGUUUUUAGCUUAUUAUGCAUCUAAAAAAGCUGAUGUUCAAGCAAAUUGAUGAGUGGUGGAUGGAGUCAACAUCUAUUAUUUAUAGAUAUCUUUUAGAAGUCAUUUUUCUUAGCACCAAUAGGUGUAGCGAAGCCCUGAACAUGAAACUGUUUAGAAAUGAAACUUAGUCGUAAUGGUGCUUACGUCACUUUGCUGUUACACUGCAAUGCAGUAUGUAGUACAUUGACGAAACAAAAGGAAACCGCAUGUGCUUUCAAGUAGGUACUAUGCUAGUACUCGUAAAUUAACAUUCUCUUUGAAUCGCUCAGUAUAAAAGUUGCUUUUUCCUUUAAUGGACCCGGGUCCAAUAAACGUUUAGUGGACAGGGGUUCACUAUAGGAAAAAGGGGUCCAUUAUAGGACAACCGCAGUACAUUUGAAUAUCGUUUUCACAACUAAAAUUAAUGCAGAAAACGAUCUAAUUUCCAUACAGAGGUCAUUGAAUUGAGAGGAAGAUGAUAA